GGAUGUGUCUCCAUUGGCAAAGUUAUUUAUGAUAAAUUUAUAAAACACUUAUUUAGCUGCCUUUAACAUAAUAAAAAGCUACCCAGUCAAAUUUUUGUAGUCCACUCUGUAGCUAAAGUCCAUGGGAGGUAAUGCGAUAAAAUUCCUUCAACGCAAUUAAACAGAUACUAAUUUAAUACAAGGAACGAUCACAAUAUCGAACGCAAAGCUAAAAGUAGAAACGGAGCGUAUUUUUAGUAGCCCCAGGUAGAUUUCUUCGAGCCUGCUCAGUGAGUUUAUAAAUUUUACCCAACCUUUUCUGUUUCGUCCAAUCAAUAUUGUGUCCGGCAUCAACAUAAAAAUAUUUAAGCGUAGAUACACAGAUUUUAGAAAGAAGAAAACAGCGUUUUGUAAUACUAAAUCCCUUGUGCAAUUUAUUAUCUUUUAAUAUAAACACAUUGUUUGUUUAAAGAGCAGCAGUGCGUUUCGUCGUUUUUACAGCUACAAAUAUUUUACCACGUGUCUUUAUUCAAUGGCUAUGUUAAAUGGACUUUCGGGAAAGGAUUCUGAUGAGGAUUUGAGAGAUGGCAUGUCCGCAAAGUACAUGAUCGAAUCUGGCAACGGAUUGACUUACAAUGACUUUAUUAUUCUGCCUGGAUUCAUUGACUUUACACCCAAAGAAGUGGACCUAAACUGCCAACUGACUAAAAAAAUAUGGCUAAACACACCUUUGGUAUCCUCUCCCAUGGAUACAGUUACAGAAUCAGAUAUGGCCAUAGCACUAUCACUCUGUGGUGGUAUAGGCAUAAUCCACCACAACUGUUCCCCAGAAUACCAAGCCGACGAAGUGCAAAAAGCCAAAAAGUACAAGCACGGUUUCAUCAGAGACCCAAUAGUACUAGGCCCCACAAACACCGUCCUGGACGUUCUGGAAAUCAAAGCCAAACACAAUUUCUGCGGAAUACCCAUCACAGAAAACGGACUGCUGGGUGGCAAGCUUGUAGGCAUGGUCACUUCCAGAGACAUUGACUUUUUGGACACCAACAAUCACAAAGCUACAACUUUGGAGAAAGUUAUGACUAAGUUGGAGGAUUUAGUGACUGCUGGCUCGGAUGUGACUUUGAAGGAGGCCAAUACCAUUUUGGAGAAAAGCAAGAAGGGCAAGUUGCCUAUUGUUUGUCCUGAUGGUAGUUUAAUUGCCCUCAUUGCUAGGACUGACUUGAAAAAAGCUAAAAGCUAUCCCACAGCUUCAAAGGAUCAGAAUAAACAAUUAAUAGUUGGUGCAGCAAUUGGAACAAGAGAACACGACAAAGAAAGACUAGCUCUAUUGGUUCAAGCAGGUGUUGACGUCAUAGUCCUAGACUCUUCUCAAGGAAAUUCAACUUAUCAAGUCGACAUGAUUAAAUACAUCAAAACUACUUAUCCAGAUAUUGAAGUUAUUGCAGGCAAUGUUGUAACAAGAGAACAAGCGAAAAACCUCAUACAAGCAGGAGCAGAUGGUCUGAGAGUGGGCAUGGGUAGUGGCAGCAUAUGCAUCACACAAGAAGUGAUGGCUGUAGGGCGACCACAGGCUACAGCCGUCUACAAAGUAUCUGAAUAUGCCAAAAGAUUUGGAGUGCCUGUUAUUGCUGAUGGAGGAAUUUCUUCUACGGGGGCUAUUAUCAAGGCUUUGGCUCUUGGAGCAUCAACUGUUAUGAUGGGUUCAAUGUUGGCGGGUACCUCAGAAGCGCCAGGCGAAUACUUUUACGUAGACGGUGUCCGCCUGAAAAAGUACAGAGGAAUGGGCAGUAUUGAAGCCAUGUCCAGAAAAGAUGCGGUCGGCUCUGCUAUGAGCAGGUAUUUCCACACCGAAGGCGACCAACUGAAAGUAGCCCAAGGUGUCAGCGGAAGUAUAGUGGACAAAGGAUCAGUUCUCACUUACGUCCCUUAUCUAAUAACUGGGAUUAAGCACGGGUGUCAGGAUAUUGGAGCUAGAUCUUUGAAACAACUCAGUAAAAUGAUGAGCUUGGAACAACUACGUUUUGAAUUGAGAUCUCAUUCAGCCCAACAAGAAGGAAGCGUUCACAGUUUAUUCUCAUAUGAAAAACGAUUGUAUUAAAUGUUAAAUAUAAGUUUUAUUCAAAUAAAUCUAAUAUUUUUUAAUCUGAAUAAUAAAAGUGCGAAUCUGUCCUGGUAAUAGGCUGACAUUCAAUGAAUCAUCAUCAAAUGCAUUUAUCACUGUGUGUCUUUUGAUGCUGUUUCGAAGCAAGUGUGUCUCAGUCUCAUAGUCUGUCACUAUAUUGUAGUCUUGGUACAAUAAAUCUUCUACGGUGCCAUUUGUAUUGAAAUGCAACCUGUGGCUGUCUUUGAGCCAUUGGUUGCCUCCCAAAGUGGUUUCUUGGGCUGAGAUUAUUUCAAACGAUGUAAAAAGGUACCACUACAGGUUGAGGUUGGUCGCUUUUCUCAAAAACAUGCUCAAGCCUUAGUAGAAAGUCAAAACCGGUCCAUGGUUCUAAUGUCAAGAUUUGGACGCUUUUUGGAAGUGGGCGCUUGAGACCUGCAAACUUUAAUAAAACCUAUGUAUCACACAAAUUUGGAAAAGGACUCAAAUCUACCUCCAUAUUAUACUUGACUUUUUCGUCAACAGGCACAACAAAAGUCCAAGUAUCCAGUAACCUUCUUUGAACAAUAUCUUUUGUUAAUGCUGCCAUUCCAUUAUUACCCACAGUAACGUAAUGAGAACCUCUUACAACCAAUCCAAGUCCGAAAGCGGUCUCGUUCAAAGCCUCUCCAACACCAAAAGCGUCAUCGUGCAGGCAAUUUCUAUGAACCAUCAGUUCAAUUUCCCCAUCCUUAAGGCUAGUGCCUCCUUGGGCUCUGUCAACCAAAACGGCCAAUUCGUUUUCAGUGUCUUUGAUGGAAAUUUGUGUUGUCACUGGGUAGUAAUUUCCUGCCACUGGUUCAGAUAAGUUCACUUUCCAGGAAGGUCGGAAAUUCCUGAUUCGUUUGAGCAUUUGUUUGCCAUUAGAGUCCGUGUAGAAAACUUGGUUGGACUUGAGGUCUGAUUGGUAUUUUGUCACCACUUCAACGCCAUUUUUGUUGCUGUGGGGCAAAGGUCCAAUUAUCCAAUCGAAUUCCACGUAAUCAUCUAUGGCGUUAACUCUAAUAAUUUGACUUAUGUAUUCGUUGAAAGUUUGAUGGAUUUCUGCUACAAGUUCUCCUUCGUAUACUUUAUAGUCCACUUUUUUAUUUGUUAUUUUUUGUAGAGGGCCAUCAGGCCUGAAGAUGUAGGCCCCAGAAGAACGAUUUUCGAAUUUACUGUUGUCACCAACAAAGCCAUUGUAAUAGAAGAAGUUUUGGCUAAGGUCUAUUGAUACGUUUUUGAUUGUGAGGCUACUUAUAAGGCCCGUAUUUGGGUCCAUAAUAAAGGCAGUGUCCUGAAAUAAUAUGUGUUUAUUGCCUUUUAUAGAUGCAAUAAUGUUCUUAUUAGUUUUCCCAUAAACCAUUACUCUAUAAGAUUUCCAGCCUAAUGCUGGAAUGCCCCGUGCAAUAAAAAUCAGCUCGUUUUUUGCUUGACUACUUCUUCCAGGUAUGUUUUUGAUAAAAUCAGGAAUUGGAAUUACUUGGGUUUUGUAUUCAGUCCCUUGCAAAUCAUUGACCGAAUACGAGUCUUCUUUGACAGGUAAUCGGACCACUUUGUCCACAGGCCUACUAAGCGGAUUAUAAAUGGUUACAACAAAUCCAUCGUUUGUAGUUGUUGUUGUGCAUUGGCUAACAUUUAACAGAGGACACGUCUUAAGUUCAAUAUUAACCUCAAGCAGUUUGCUUAUUGCUGCAUUGGUAAUUAUCUCACAUUCAUCCAUGCCUCGUUGCAAUUGCCUGGCAUAAUCAUUAGCCACAUGCUGUUUUUCAGUUCCUGUUAUCGCAUCGUGAUGCUGCAUCACUCCCAUGGCUUCCCUCAAUGCAUUCAAGUCCACCAUAUCCUCUGGACCAAGAUCAGCUAAGGCGUAGAGCUGCUUGCAAACCUACAAACAACUUUUGGUGCAACAAGAAAUUGAAUUGUGGACAUUUAUUACUUGCAAAAAAUUGUUUCCCAGUCGUUCAAAUCGUUUUAAGGCAGGCCUGGAUGUAAAGUAUCCUGUCCAGAAAGCGUGAGGAUCGGAAGCGUAAGGGAAAAAGUCGUCCUGCUUCAGAAUCCAGUUGUUUUUAGUCUCAUUGUGGAUGGCGUUAACGUAACAGGACGGUGUUGAGUAAAUUAGAUUGUAUUUUGAGCCAGUUAAUUGACGUU